AUGACCACCGAUGCAUCUACAGCAGAGGCCAAGGGUCCAUCGGAUCUGCCUCGAUCGAUCCCCUUUUGGCGACUGGUCACUGAACCAGGUGCUAUCACCCAAGAAGUUUUUGACCAUCCUUAUACCGGCGCUGGAACGGACGAUGACCCAUACGUGGUGCAAUGGAUGCCGAAAGACUUUCGCAACCCGCUCCAGUUGAGCACCCGGAUGAAAUGGGGCAUCACCGUGGUGGCUGCCAUGGAAACUCUCGUCGUGGCCCUGGUAUCGUCGGCCUAUACUGGUGGUAUCGUGCAGAUUGAGGAACAGUUCAUGAUCACCACCGAGGUGGCCACCCUUGGAGUCUCUCUAUACGUUUUGGGUUUCGCACUGGGUCCUCUGCUCUGGGCUCCAAUGAGUGAACUGUUUGGUCGCCAGAUUGUUUUCAUCGGAACUUACUGCGGCUUGACCGUUUUCUGCGCUGGAACUACUGGGGCUAAAAAUAUCACCACUCUUUUGAUCUUCCGCUUCCUGGCAGGCGCCUUUGGAUCUUCACCAUUCACCAACUCUGGUGGUGUGAUUGCGGACAUGUUCAUGGCCCGCGAACGAGGACUGGCUCUGUCGGCCUUUGCGCUGGCUCCCUUCUUGGGACCAGUGAUUGGACCGAUUGUGGGUGGAUUCUUGGGUAUGGAUGCUGGUUGGAAGUGGGUGAUGGGCCUCUUGACCAUCCUCUGUGGUGCGAUGUGGUUCUUGGGUGCUGCUUUGAAGCCCGAGACGUAUGCACCAGUUUUGCUUCGCCAACGCGCAAAGACCCUCUCCAAGUUGACCGGAAAGGUGUACGUGAGCAAGCUCGACAUUGACCAGGGUCGUCCCGUCCCGAAAGAGGCCAUGAAGACUGCCCUCUCGCGUCCAUUUAUCCUUCUUUUCCGCGAGCCUAUCGUUCUUUUACUCUCGAUCUACCUCGCAAUUAUCUACGGAACACUCUAUAUGCUAUUCGGUGCAUACCCUAUCGUCUACGAAAUCCACCGCGGCUGGAACCAGGGUAUCUCUGCGCUGGCCUUCCUAGGAGUGAUGGUGGGCAUGUUGGGAGCGAUUGCCUAUUCAAUCCCCGAGAAUACUCGCUAUAGUAAGCUAUUGGAGAAGAACGGUGGCUAUUCACCCCCGGAAAGCCGUCUGCCUCCCUGUAUGAUUGCCUCGAUUGCACUCCCUGUUGGACUCUUCUGGUUUGCCUGGACCAAUUCUCCGGACAUUCAUUGGCUCGCUAGUGUUGCCGCUGGUGUGCCUUUCGGCUUUGGCAUGGUCCUUGUGUUCCUGAGUGUCUUCAACUAUCUCAUUGAUGCCUAUACUAUCUUCGCUGCCUCCGUUCUGGCCGCCAACUCGCUGCUGCGAUCUCUAUUUGGCUUUGCCUUCCCCCUGUUCACGACCUACAUGUUUGAGAAUUUGGGCAUUCACUGGGCCUCGUGUGUUCCAGCCUUCCUAGCCCUCGCCUGUGUGCCUUUCCCCUUCGUGCUGUACAAGAAGGGCUUGGUCAUUCGCAAGUACUGCAAGUACUCUGCACAAUCCGAAGCAUUCGUGCAGAACCUUCUUCGAGGUGCUGCUGAGAAGAAUACGACUACCGAGGAGGAGCCUUCCCAGGCCGAUCAGUCGACCAUCGCGGAGGCUGCCACUCGCGUGCCAUCACUUGUUGAAGAGGAAGGGGCUGCUUCACACGCCCUGGAAAAGGAAAGCACCGCGGAAGUCCUCUCGAUGCAUCGCUCCCUCUCGCACGUCGACACUUACACCUCGCAAAUCCAUCGGGUUCCCACGUACGAUGGCAACCCGUACAACAUUGACCGCAUACACACCCGCGAAUCCUUCAAGUAA